UUCUUACGACAAAGGUAGGAAAGCAAUGGAAGCAAACACCAUGGUUUGUGUUAGAGGCUUCGUCUUGGUUCUUCUGUUGUUUCUGUCUCCUGCGAAUGCUAUUCGAUCGUUUCCCAGCAAAGAGAGAGAUGGGGUUGGUGAAUCUGGGAUCAAAAGUCAUGUUGGUCUGCAAUUUGCUGAAGCACCCGAGUAUCGAAACGGACCUCAAUGUCCUAUUUCAUCAGGGGAAGAGGGUUUGGUAUCAGUUUGUGAUCCGGUUCUGCUUCACAUAGCAAUGACGCUUGAUGUGGAAUAUUUGAGAGGUUCUGUGGCGGCAGUUCAUUCUGUUUUGAGACACGCUUCUUGCCCUGACAACAUUUUCUUUCAUUUCAUUGCCUCCGAUUCCAACUCCAUGAAUCCAGAUGACUUGUCCGGGAUUGUACGAUCAGUGUUCCCCUCUCUGAAUUUCAGAGUUCAUGUCUUCAAUGAGAGUUUGGUAAAGGGUCUCAUCUCAUCUUCCAUCCGUCGGGCUCUUGAUAACCCACUGAACUAUGCCAGGAGCUACUUGGCCGAUAUGCUUGACGGCUGUGUCGAUCGUGUGAUCUAUCUGGACUCUGAUGUCGUGGUUGUUGACGAUAUUCAGAAGCUAUGGAGAACAAAUCUGAUGGGUUCGAGAGUGAUUGGAGCUCCAGUAUAUUGUCAUGCAAACUUCACAAAGUACUUCUCGGAUAAGUUCUGGUUUGAUGGGGAGCUUUCAGGCAUUUUUGCAGGGAAGAAGCCAUGUUAUUUCAAUACGGGUGUGAUGGUAAUGGAUUUGGGAAGAUGGAGAGGAGGAGACUACACGAGGAGAAUUGAGAAAUGGAUGGAGGUUCAGAAAGAGAGGAGGAUCUAUGAGUUGGGUUCUCUUCCCCCAUUUUUGCUUGUUUUUGGUGGAGAAGUUGAGGGCAUUGAUCAUAGGUGGAACCAACAUGGGCUGGGUGGGGACAAUGUGGUGAGCAGUUGCAGGUCUCUGCAUCCAGGUCCUGCAAGUUUGCUGCAUUGGAGCGGCAAAGAGAAGCCAUGGAGAAGGCUUGAUGCAGGGAAGCCAUGCCCAGUUGAUCAUUUAUGGGCGCCAUAUGACCUCUUCAGAAACCGCCAACAGCAGGACCAAUUGCUGAUUUCUUCUUACACUUCAUUAUAGCAAUUGAUUUGAUUCUUUCCUUUUUUUUUUCUUUCAUUAAUUCUUUGUGAGAUUGUCACACAAGGAGAGACCACAGUUUUUUGUACAUAGAUGCGGAUUAGAAGCAGUGUAUUAUAUCAAUUUCUUCUGCACAAUGAUACUCUUGAAGCUGGACAGAUCAUUUUUUUUUUUAA